AUGGUCACUGAAGGUAUUAUUCUUGGACACCGGAUUUCAAGUAAAGGAAUUGAGGUUGAUAAAGCUAAGGUGAAGUUAGUAUAUGAUAAGGCAUGUCACUUGCCAGUGGAGUUAGAGCACAAAGCAUAUUGGGUGACAAAGUUCUUGAACUUUGAUGUCAAGGUUGCAGGAGAGAAAAGACUGUUCCAACUAAAUGAGCUUGAUGAGUUCAGAAACUCUGCUUAUAAGAAUGCCAAGUUCUACAAAGAAAAGGCUAAGUUGUGGCAUAAUAAGAAGAUAACAAUAAGAGCAUUUGAGCCAGGCCAAAAGGAAGAGAACUCUGAUAGAAAAUUCACAGUCAAUAGCCAGAAGUUAAAGCAUUAUCUUGGAGGCAAGAUUGAUCACCAGAGGUCCAUUCAUCUACUGAUUUAG